AUGGACGGCAAAACUCCCAAUGGCAUACCUCUUGUGAACGGCACUAUUCCCUUUGAAGUCCGACAGCAGAUGCGAACCGGCUGCUAUGACUAUAUCGAAGGACUUGGCACUCCGUACGGCUAUCCGCCCUCGCUCGCAGCAGGCAUAGUCUUUCUCGUCCUCUUCGGCCUCACCAUGGUCGCCCAGACAAUACAAAUGGCCUGGAAAAGGACCUGGUGGUGCUCCGUCUUCGCCGUUGGAAGUCUCAUCGAAGUCAUAGGCUGGGCUGGUCGAACCUGGUCUGCGCAAUGUCCAUAUAACACCAACGCCUUUCUAAUGCAAAUUACCACCUUGAUCAUCGCUCCCACCUUCUACACAGCAGGCGUUUACGUCCUCCUUGGCCGCUUCAUCCAAAUCCUAGGCCGCGACUCCUCGGUCUUAAGCCCGAAAGUCUACCUCUUCGUCUUCGUCACCUGCGACGUGAUCUCCCUAGUCAUCCAAGCCGUCGGCGGCGGCAUGGCCUCCGUCGCAGCAGCCCAGGAAAACGGCAACACCACCCCAGGCACGAACAUCAUGGUGGCAGGAAUUAUCUUCCAAAUGGCCUCGAUCACCGUCUUCGUCCUCUGCGGCGCUGACUUCGUCCGUCGGACCAUCCGCAAAAACCUCCUCCAGUCCCUAAAGGGUACCGUCGUGCCCCUCCUCGGUGCCAUGAUCUUCUCUGUCAUCUGUAUCUACGUCCGGAGCAUCUAUCGUACCAUCGAACUCCUCCAGGGCUGGUCCGGGUACCUCAUCACAACAGAACGAUACUUCAUUGCCCUCGACGGCGCAAUGAUGGUGCUUGCUGUUGCGAUCUUCAACUUCGUUCACCCUGGCUGGUUCCUCCCCGGUGCGAGGAGCGCCGUUCGUGCGAAGGUCGAUGGUGAUGUGGGGAGCUUCACGGAGCUUCGUUCCCCGCGCCGAACUCCCCAAUAUUGA